AUGCCGCGCAGUUUUGCUGCGUGCGUCGAGGUGACACCCGACUGCCCGGUGGAGGCCACCACGUACGGAUACUACCCUUCAUUGGGGCCCAACGCUGCGCUGCUCGCUGUCUACGCCGUUCUCUUCUUCUCUCAGAUCAUCGUGGGCUUUAUGAAAAAGGUCUACUCGUUUUCAGCCGCAAUGGCAGCUGGGUGCUUUCUCGAAAUGCUCGGCUAUGCCGGCCGAAUAAUAAUGCACGACAACCCUUGGAGCGACUCGGGAAUGAGAAUCCAGAUUGUCUGUUUAAUCAUUGGGCCUUCUUUCAUUGCCGGCGGUAUUUACUUGACUAUUAAGCAUUUCAUCCGCAUGAACGGUCCCGAACACUCUCGCCUGAAGCCGAAUUUAUACACCUGGAUAUUCAUCGGCUGCGAUAUUGGAUCUAUCUGUCUGCAAGCAGCCGGCGGUGGGCUCGCUGGUUCCGCCAAGGAUGACCUGCAACUGCUCGAGGCUGGCAAUAAUGUUAUUAUUGCGGGCAUCGCCUUCCAGGUCGCUACCAUGAUCCUAUGCGGUAUCCUCGCUAUCGACUAUAACGUCCGCCGCCAUCGCAACUAUGCCGCCAAGUCAUAUACCAAGACCAAGCGCGCGGGGAUAAGGGCCGUUCUAUUCCAGGGAGGCGUUGUCUUUGCCUACGCUGCUGUUCUUGUCCGGUGCAUUUACCGAAUGGUUGCGCUGGCUUCGGCUGCCCUGACCAUAUUCCACCCCGGCUACUUUUACCCAUACAUGCGAACCGGUUACAUUGAGUCUGAAGGGACUCAACUCUCAUCUGUGGAGCCCUCUAGCGCGUCCAUUAUCUCGACAAAGCCUGAUAACAGGACGUGA